UUGUAUUUAAAUUUGCCUGGAAUAUGUAACUUACUGACAUUUGAUUGCUUGAAUUUCUCUCUCUCCAGACAUGUCGUUAUUUAAGGCAAGAGAUUGGUGGUCGACGGUGGUGCAGACGGAAGGGGGGGAGGAGGAAGAAUGUGACGCAGGGUGCUUGGUCAUCGCGAACAUUAACAAUGAAGAUCCGCCCAAAGACAAGAUUGUGGUUGGUGGGUUUUCGGGAUCCUUGAGAAUAUUCAGUCCACAGGCAUUUCGCUCAGAAGAAGGACAAGAAGUGUCAGGUUUUCGUCCUGAUCAUGUUCUCCUGGAGACUACCUUUAACUACCCAAUUAUCCACCUGGCUGUGGGAAAGUUUGUCUCGAGCAAUGACUUGCUACACCUUUGUGUCUUACAUCCUGACCGAAUGGCAGUGUAUACCCUGACAGUCACCUCUGGCCAGGGUGGUCAUGGGGACAGCUCCAAGCUCAGUGUGGCUUACCAACACAAGUUCCAGCGUCAUGCACAUUCCCUCACUACAGGUCCUUUUGGUGGUGUCAAAGGGAAAGACUACAUUGCCGUGCAGUCACUUGAUGGCUGCAUCACAGUUUUUGAGCAGGAGAGUUUUGCCUUCAGUAGCUUCUUGCCGGGAUUCCUCCUUCCAGGACCUCUGGUCUAUGUUGCCAAGUCCGACUCCCUGAUCACAGUGGGGUCCGACUGGUCACUCCAGUGUUACAAGUAUCAGGCAGUGGCUGUGGCAACAGACAAUGAGAAGGAAAUGAGCAAUAAUAAAACUGGAGGGAGACGGUUGACGGCAGAGUGGACGAGACAGUUAGGGGAGCCUGCCUUGGACAUUCUGGUUAUCAACCCCCCAGAAGGGCCCACAAACAUCCUCAUCCUCACCCAUCAUUCAAUCUUCUGCUAUAAGGAAUCAGGAGUGUUGAAGUUUGUAAAGAAGUUGGAGUACAAUCCAUCCUGUUUUACUGCAUAUCUCAUGGAAAAUGCAGUCUAUCUUUGUGUUGCUACGCAUACACAGACCUUGCUUGUGUACAAAGAAGCUGAGUUGAAGUGGGCAUCGCAGUUACCAUUUACACCUGUUGUGCUUUCUAGAGCUGAUUUUCCGGGCAUCAAAGGUGCUCUUGUUUUUCUCGGAGAUGCUGGGCAGCUGCAGGCAUCUUAUCUCGGAACAGAUCCCUCCCUCUUCGUGGCUCCCCCUGCCGAGACGAGGGAAAUUAACUACGACCAGACUGACAAGGAGUUAGCUCAGCUUCAUAAGAUCAUAAAAGCAUCCACCAAGGACACAGGCACACUAGUUGGAAUGAAUCGAGGAGAUGGCGAUCUCAUCGUAUCAGGAACCGUAGGAACACAGCUGGAAAAGUGGCCGGGCUCGACAAGGGUCCAGGACAUCGACGGGGGCGUACCGGCAGUCCCGGUUGUGAUUCGGCUCACUGCUCACACACCCCUCAACACCGUCCGAGUCAAUAUCGCUGUGGAGAAGCCGCUGACCGUUACACAAGACACGUUUGUUCUUCGGACGAUAUGUGAUACAAGUCAGAUAAUGGUGAAAUUCUACCUUGCUGAUCAGUACAUUCCCACAAGCUUGUCUGUGGGCAUUGUUACAUCUUACAUCACUCAUACUGGAGCACCAAGAAUCAUCACUACAAAUCUGGAUUUGCCUCUGAGGUUGGUGGCCAAGCUCAGUGCUCCAAACAAGGAGGCCGACCACAAAAUCACAAUAUCAACGAACAAACCAGCUGUUAAUCUGCCGGAAUUGUUUCCAGAUUAUAGCUUAGAUGGAAGUGUGACGACAGCUCUUGGUCUUCAGUACUUCGGGGGCCCCAGUGUGACCAUACUCUCAUCUCGAACCACGAACAGAUAUCGGUUACAGUCGGACAGUCUGCCCUCUGUGUGGGUGAUACUCAGUGAGGUAGUAAGAAGACUGAAGAGCUAUUGGGGUCACUCAAGCAGAAAAGAUGGGGAGGAACUUGUGCUGGGUGUUGCGUCGUCACUUCCCAUCAGUGAGCUCUUCUGCGAAAUUGAUGCACAUUUCCUGCGCAGGAAGAAACAUGAAGAGUUGAUGGGUCAGCUGGUGCAGAGAGCCACUCAGUUCCGCGCAGUUCAGAGACGUCUGUUGACAAAGUUCAAGGACAAAACGCCAACUCCUCUGACAAACCUUGAUAAUCUCUUAGAGGGAACCUAUAAACAGAUCUUGCAGAUUACGGAUGUUAUCAACGAUAACAUUAGGGGCUUAGAAGAAGAUGGCUGCCAAUUGAGUUGCGCAGUAAGACUGAUCUUGGAGCUCGUCCGCCUGUCUGUUGGCAUGUCCGAUCAGCACUUUGCCCUUCUUUCCGCUGCUAUAUCACCUAUAGUCCAUACUUCUAUGGAUCAGGGCUGGGAGGAGGCGACUGAUGCUAGUGUAACCUUCUUGCUGAGAACUGUGUUGGGCAAAGGAUCCAGGGACGCCGCGGUGGCUCCAGAGCUCACAAUGCCAUCCGACACGUCAAAGCUGAAGAAGCAUUUGGAUCUGCUGCUGAAUAAGAUCAUGAAGGGAGGCGUUCAGCUCGCCAUUGAUAAUUCUGGGUCAACCAACAACACAGACACCCAUAAAGUGAUAAACUCGGACGAGGAGGAGGACUACGUGAACUCUAAAUCUGUGGGGAAAGUUGCACAGAAAAAGCAAGACGAAGAAAACGAGACAGACAUUCCCUUGGGCAGCAGGCUAGGGGAGGAUCGCGCGAGGUCGGCCAGGAUCAGAUCCGCCCGCCUCAUGUCUGCACGCAAGAUUUCUCAGCGGAGCCCAGGAGAUGGGGAAUCUGUCACCAUGAUGGAGGGAUCUUCAAACAACCCAAUAUAUAAUGAAGAUAUUGAAGACCGAGACAGUCCCGUAAACAGCUCAUCAUUCCCGGAAGACCAGAACAGCCUAGAAAACUUCCCCGAAGAAGAAAGCAUGGAGAAGAACGAAGAGGAAUCACAAGAAGAGGAGAAGAAUGACGAGGAAUCCCCAGUGGAAGAGAAAAACGAAGAGGAAUCCCCGGAGGAAGAGAAAAACGAAGACGAGAAGUCCGUGAUGGAAUUCUCCGAAGUUCCUUUCAACGGAAGCAUCGAAGCGCUCAAGAAGGAGACUAUGAAGGAGAACCUGAUAGAGAGUCCAGCCGACAUUUUUGCAACAGGGGACGUGGAUGAUAUUUGGUGAUUUUUUUAUAUUUCAUUUUUGCUCUAGUCGGAUAAGUUAUAUAUAUAUAUAUGUUUUCAAGCAGAGUAAAUGAUUAAGGUAUGUGUAUUUUUAGUAAGGAGAUUGUUAUAUGGGCUAUGUUUUCAAAUUGUGAAAUUGACAUAUCCAGUUUACACAGUUGCUGCACAAGAAUCACUGCACAGUAGGGAGUUUUACUUUAGAUAGUGCUGAAAUAAUUAAUGCAAUUAGUUAACCUUAUUAAUUUUGUACAUAUCUAUCU